CUGCCGUUGCGGCAGUUGGCGUCCGCCCAGAAAAUCACCGCUCCCUCUACCACCCCUCUUCGCCUCGUCCUUGCUUCGUCCGCCCAAGGGCUUCCCAAAGCAAGCAUGCCUGCCCGCCUCUCGUCGUCCUCUGCCUCGGUCUCGGCGGCGCAUGGACGCGGCCACUCCACCGUCUUGUCCGACCCCAUGACGGGCGAGCCGACGGGCCACCAUGACAUCGACGCUUCGGCGCUGAUCAUUGAAGAGAACAAGACGCUGCGGGAGCCGCCGCCGUCGUCGUCGCUCGUCUUUGGCCACUCCUUUGCCGACCACAUGCUCGCUGUCAACUGGAACGGCGCCACCGGAUGGGCCGCCCCAAGGAUCCAGCCGUACGGACCCCUGACGCUGGACCCCAGCUCCGUCAUCUUCCACUAUGCUCCGAGCCUGUUUGAGGGCAUGAAGGCCUACAAGGAUGUCGAGGGCCGUGUCAGGCUGUUCAGGCCCGACAUGAACAUGAAGAGGAUGAACACGUCUGCCGAACGCAUGGCACUGCCGACAUUCUCGGGCAAGGAGCUGACGAAGCUCAUCGCCAAGCUCGUCUCGCUCGACUCGAACUGGAUUCCCUCGGAGCCGGGCUACAGCCUCUACAUCCGGCCCACGCUCAUCGGCACCCAGGCUGCACUGGGUGUGCACCCGGCCAACGACGCGCUCCUCUUUGUCAUUAGCUCGCCCGUGGGCCCAUACUACAAGACGGGCUUCAAGCCCGUGGCCCUCGAGGCAGACCCCAGCCUGGUGCGAGCCUGGCCGGGUGGCGUGGGCCAGUACAAGCUCGGCGCAAACUACGGACCGGGCAUCCGCGUGCAGAUGGAGGCCGCCAAGCGGGGCUACCAGCAGAACCUCUGGCUCUUUGGCGAGGAGCACUGGCUCACCGAGGUGGGCACCAUGAACCUCUUUGUCGCUCUCAAGCGCGACGACGGCUCGACGGAGCUCGUCACGCCGCCGCUCAACGGCACCAUCCUGCCUGGUGUCACGCGCGACUCGAUCCUGGGCCUGGCGCGGGACCACGUCUCCAAAAAGGCACCCAUCGAGGGCCUUCCCGACAACCUCGUCGUGUCCGAGCGGGAGAUCAACAUGGGCGAGAUCAUCAAGGCUUCGGAAAAGGGCUCGCUGAUCGAGAUGUUUGGUGCCGGGACAGCGGCCAUUGUCUCGCCCGUCGACCGCGUCGGCUUCAAGGGGAGAGACAUUCAGAUUCCCGCAGGCGAAGAGGGCGCUGGACCCAUCGCAAAGGCCAUGCUCAAGAGCAUCACUGACAUCCAGCUGGGCAGGGUCAACCACCCGUGGAGUGUCCUCGUGGAGGAUCUCUUGUAAUUUAUCUCUCUGUCUCGGUUGUAUCGGUGGUAGUCCCACGUCCGGCUUCUCCAAAUCUCAUGAGCCAAACACUGGACGCAUUGCAGCAAAACAACAUCUUGUGCUCUAUCUCCUCUUCUUUCCUGCGUCGUGCCGAGC